AUGAGGAUCAUGGUGCGGACGCUCCGCGGGGACCGGGUGGCGCUGGACGUCGACGGCGCUGCCACCGUGGCGCAGCUCAAGGCCAUGGUCAUGCCCCGCGAGGGCGUCGCCGUAGGCGCCCAGAGGCUCUUCUUCGCCGGCCGACACCUCGACGAUGAUGGCCUCCCCGUCGCGCACUACGGCGUGCGCCACGGCUCCGUCGUCUUCCUCAGCCUCCGCCUCCGCGCCGACGACGCCUCGCAGUCACAGCAGGAGAUGCGUAACGUGCAAACGCAGCCAGAGCAGCCAGUCACGACCGUGAGCCAGCUACUGAUGAUUGACCAGCAGCUGGUGACGCGCUUCGAAGACGGCGACGACCACGGCGGCGGCGGCGGCGAGAUGGAGGAGGCCGUCGUCAAGACCACGAGGCCGCCGGUGUCGCGGCGGUCGCUCCGCAAGAUCCUGUCGCGGUUGCACGUGGACGUGUGGACGGCCCAGCACGACGCCAAGCUCCUGGACCUUCUGCUGCUGCGGAGAACACGUGGCGGCGGCGGCGUGGGCGACCUCACCGCGGACGACUGGUCGGCCAUCCGCGCCGAGCUCAACGCGGCCGCCGGGUCCGCGUUCCCCGUCGAGGACCUGCAGCGGAGGCUGGCCGAGCUCCGGCGCGAGUUCGACGCCGUCAGCCGGAUCAAGGACCACCCCCGGUUCACCUACGACGCGCGCCGCCGGGUCGUGGUCGCCAAGGAGGCCGAGUGGAAGCGCUACGUGCUGGAGAACCCGGAUGCGGUGGCGUAUGAGGGGAGAAGCACGCACUUCGGUCGCCUCCGGGCGAUCUUCUCCGGCGGCGGCGGCGUGGCAGAGACGCGCGGGAACGGCGGGCCCAUGCGCCGCGAGUCGCGGGCCAAGAGAUGCCUAAGAAAGCUGCUGAGCAGCUUUGGGCUCCGGUGCAAGCUGUGA